AUGUCUUCUCAAAAAACUCGUGCCCAGAGUUCCUCUUCUUAUGUCCCUCAUGCUUACAUCACUGAGGCAGGAGUGGACAAUCAUGCUAUUGAGGUUCGAAGUAAACUCCUCCAUCUGUUUGGAAACACCCUAGUUCUAGCCCCUUGUUGGUUUGGUCCUGUUCCUGCUGAAAUGGCUAAUUUGUUCAAGGAUGAUGUUGAAGUCCCUUUGUGCCUCCAAAGCUCUUCUGACCUGGCUUCUCAUACUUGGGUUAGCAAGAACCUGAGCUGCUCGUUUCCUUCAAGUGAAGUCAGGAACAGCACAGUAAAGUGGGCAGACUAG